AUGUGUGACAUUCCAACAUGUGUUGAAUCGAGCUUGAAUCGUACGAGGAGAAGUUACGAUAAUGACUCAAGCAUUACUGUCGACGUUCAAUCACAACGUAUUGAGGUGUCGGAACUGGGCCUCAUAUCCGACGUAGAAUCGGAAGGCACACAUUCAAUGGAGCUCACCUGUCAUGAGAAGGCAUCAUAUCCCAUACAAGAGAUCUGCCUCAUAUCCGACGUAGAAUCGGAAGGUACACAUUCAAUGGAGCUCACAUGUCAUGAGAAGGCAUCAUAUCCCGUACAAGAGAUCUGUGUUCCUUUCAAUCCUUUUGUUGUCUUCUUGGCUGGAAUGAUAUCGGUCAUCGUCUUUGUGGCAUUUACGGCCGUAAUGGUUUCGCUGCAACGGUAUCGACAUUACUCUAUGUCAGAGACAAGAUGUUGA